AUGCCCGGGCGCGUGGCCUGCCCCUACGGGACGGACAUCGAGGGCCAGGACCUCCAGCGCCAGUGCCAGAGCCGCUACCGGCGGCACCCGAACAAGCCCCUCUUCGAAGUCGCGCCCUUCGCCAUGGGCGCGGGCUUCGCCGACGCGACGGGCCACGACCCGACGUGCAACGCGCGCAAGGACGAGUACGCCGUCAUCGCGCCGGCCGUCGGCGACGCGCCGAACGACUCGCUCUCCUUCUUCAUGGAGAACAUGCGCGCCUACGACGACCACAAGGUCCGCACGAACAAGACGGAGGCCGCCGUGACCAUCUUCCCCCUGGGCAUGCCGCCGAAGACGCGCCAGAAGAAGAAGCGCGCGGCGCCGCCGCUCACGGACGACGAGAAGUACGAGGCGCGGAACUGCUACGACGCGUCGCACCUCCAGUACGACAACAUGCGGCGACACGCGCGCGACGACCACGUCAAGCAGGUGCCGCUCCCGAAGCCGCCGUCGACGGUGCCCCGGACGACGCUGCGGAACCGGGGGCUCGACGCGGAGAUGAUGAUGGGCAAGGUCGACCGCUUCAAGCACUUCCGCGGCCGCGCGAUCAAGGUCGCCCACGUCGACGCGUUGCCGGGCGCGGCCAAGUGCGGCGCCGACCCGCUCACGGCCCAGCAGACCGUCGACUGCUACGGCUACGCCCUCUCGAAGCGCGAGGGCCUCAAGAACCCGACGUUCCACAAGGGCAUCAAGCGCGUCGCGCGCCACGUCCUCGACUCGGACCGCGUGCUCCAGCUCAUGGAAAUGAACGGCAUCCUCGAGCCGGAGAAGGCCUACGUCCUCGAGGCGGCGAACCUCCACCUCGAGGACAUUUACGAUCUGAGCGACGUGCCGCGCCUGCGGACCCUCGACGUGACGAACAACCGGCUGACGAACCUGCGGAACCUCGUGGGCGUGCGCCACCUGAGGGAGCUCCGCGCGGGCACGAACCGCAUCGACGACGCGGACGACGUCGGCGUCUGCAAGGAGCUCGAGGCGCUCUACCUCCAGGACAACCUGCUCGAGGAGGCGCCGCGGACCCUGGGCGGGUUGCGGAGCCUGAAGACGCUGCGCCUCGACCGGUGCCGGCUCAGCGGAUCCGUCGGGCCGGGGUUGGCGGGCUGCGCGGCGCUGACGUCGCUGGACCUGAGCGGCAACGCCCUCGCGUCCUUCGCGGGCCUCGCGAGCCUCGGGAGCCUCACGGAGCUCGACAUGUCGCGCAACGGCCUCACGGCCGUGCCGCUGGGGGCUCUCGAGGGCUGCCGCGCGACGCUCGCCGAAUUGCGGCUCGGCGACAACGAGAUCGGCUCCGUCGCCCUCGACGCCGCCGCGCCGGCGGACAACCCCGAGGCCGACGACGAGUCGACGGACGCGCCGGGCGAGGGCCUGAACCCCGUGCCCGCGCGCAUGCUCAGCGGCAUCCAGCGGAAGAUGAAGAACCGGCGGAAGGCGCCGGGCGCGCGGCGGCCGCCCGCGGGCCCCGCGGACGGCCGCGCGCGCGCGAGGCGCGGCCCCCUGGACGGGCUGAAGGCCUUCCACAACCUGAAGACGCUCGUGCUCGCGCGGAACCACCUCGCGUCGACCCAGGCGCUCCCGAAGUUCGCGGGGCUCGUCGAGCUCGACGUCUCCGAAAACCGCGUCGCCGACCUGGGCGCGCUCGCGGCCGUCGCGCCGAACCUCGACGUGCUCAACGUCGGCGGGAACCGCCUCGACGACAUCUCGGCCGUCGUCGAGGCGCUUGUGAAGCUCCGGGGUUUGGUCGAGCUCCACCUCGCGGGCAAUCCCUGCGCGACGUCCACCGCGACGGCCGACAUCCGCAGCGCCAUGACGCCCAAGGCCGCGGCGGAGGACGAGGCGAAACCCUGGCAGCGGCCGUCGAGCCGCGCGGGCGGCCGGCCGAAGACGCCGGGGGGCGGGAGGCCGGGGUCCGCGCGGCCGGGAUCCGCGCGUCCGGGAUCCGCGCGGCCCGGAAGCGCGCGGCCGGGCACGUCCGGCGCGAGCCGGCCCUGCACGGCCGCCGCGGGCGCGCCGGGCUGGGCGCUCCUCUGCGCCCGCGCCUUCGCGAAGCUCGAGGUCCUCGACGACCUGCGCGUGGAGCAGCCGUCGGCCGACGGCGACGGCGGCGACGACGACGCGUCCGCGCCGCUGCCGACGGCGGCGCCGGCGAUCAAGCCCCUGGCGACGCACCACACGAAGACGCUCGAGCGCCUCGAGCCCAUGGACGACACGGACGCGCGGGUCGCGGCCUUCCGGCGGCGGCUCGCGGGCGUCCGCGGCACGCUGCGCGAACUCGAGGUGAAGGAGAUGAAGCUCAUGUACAAGGACGACGACGCGCAGUCGCCGCGGACGCUGCGCAAGCGGCGCGGCGCGGAGCCGAACGCCAUGCUCCCGAAGCCGCCCCAGGCGCCGGAGCUCGCGAAGAAGCUCAACAGCUUGGAGCGCGCGCUGUCGUUCGGGCGGCCCGCGCGGCCCGCGGACGCCCCGCGGCCGUCGCCCGCGCGGUCCCCCGAAAGAAGCUCGAAGCCCGGGCCCGCCGACGGCGCGCCGCCGCCGCCGCCGUCCUUCGACGAGCAGUUCCAGGCCGACGCCGCCGCGGACAUGGACCGGCGCGACGCCGCGGAUUCGGCGCUCGACGACGCAAAGACGUGGAAGGCGCGCGUCGACGAGAUGAUCCGCGAGGACUCGGGCAGCGACUCGAGCGACGACGAGGGCGCGGGCUACGCCGAGGCGUCGCGCAAGGCCGACGCGGCGCUGCUGCGGUCGCUGGCCACGGACCCCGCGCCCGAGGCGCCGCCGGCGGUGCCGCCCCUGCCGCCGAACCUCGCAAAGGUCCUCGAGGACCACCUCACGCCGCGCAAGCCGUCGUCCCCCAAGACCUUCGACCCGUCGCCCGUGGACAUGGACGACCCGGCCGUGCCCCUCGCCGCGGCCCUCGCGGACGCGGACGCGCUGCCCGUCAACGUCGACCUCGACGACGACCCGGACGCGUUCGCGACGCGCGCCAAGUACGAGUCGAUGAUGCAGGACUACACGGAGGCCAUGGAGGCGGCGAAGAUCUCGCCGGCCAAGGACGCCGCCGCGGCCGACGACGACGAGUUCGCGGUGAUCCCCGACGAGCCCGCCGCCGCGCCGGCGCCGCGGAAGGCGCCGCUCCGCCGGAAGAAGAGCGGGCCCCGCGACGAGUUCAAGGUGCCCCGCGGGAAGAUCCAGCACUCGCCGCGCAACGUCCUUCCGUACAUGGAGGAGGUGUCGAAGGACAUGGACCCCGGCGCCAACGACCCGCUGAAGAUGACCUACUUCAAGGACGACCCGAAGCGCGACGAGCAGAGCGUGCGGGGCUGCUUCCUCGACGAGAUCUACAGCCGGCCGAACAUGGAGGAGCGGCUCGCGGAGAAGUUCUUCGACGGCGACGUGCCGUGGAUGUACGACAACCUGGACAACCUGCCCGAGCAGGCCUACGACGAGUUCUUCCAGGAGUAUUUAGUCGAGGCGCCGCCGCGCGCGGACCGGAAAUACAAGAUCAUCUUCUACGGCGUGUCGGGCUACACGGGGUCGCUGGUCAUGGAGUACAUCAAGCGCGAGUGCCUCGACGACUUCGAGGUGGCCUUCGCGGGGCGCACGCUCCGCAAGGUCGUGGCCAUGCGCGACAAGAUUCUGGGGGGCACGAAGUGGGCGAACGCGGACUGCCUCAAGUGCAACAUGGACAACCCCUUCGAGGUGGAGAAUCUCGUGGCGAACUGCUGCGUCGUGGGCAACAUCGCGGGGCCCUUCAUGCUCACGGGCGGCGAGCGGCUCGUCGAGGCCUGCAUCCACUACGACACGGACUACUGCGACGUCAGUGGCGAGAUCCCCUGGAGCGCCAAAAUUUUACAGUUCCACGACCUGGCGCGCGACGCGGGCGUCUACAUCGUGCCGUCGGCGGCCUACGCGGGCGGGUUGCCCGACAUCAUGGCCUACAUGAUGGCGCAGAAGAUGCGCGAGGUCGACGGCGGCGCGGAAAUCAAGAAGCUCCACGGGUACGUGUCCAUGUACCAGGAGAACGAGGGCACCGUGGGCUCUUCCGGCGGCACGCUGAGCACGCGCGCGGCCAUGUCCACGGGCGACAAGUGGGUGCGGUCCGUGAUGAUGAACCCCUUUGCGCUCGGCGGCAAGGUCCAGGACGGGUCGCGCGAGGAGGACCAGGACAAGGUGCUGACCAAGGUCUUCCGGGACCCCGUGGUCAAGUCCUGGGUCGCGCCCCACGUCUACGCCUUCUUCGAGACGCGCGUCGUCCGCCGGUCGAACAUGCUCCACAACAUGCUCGUCGGCGGGCCGGACAUGGGCUUCUGGUACGGGCCCGAGCUCAACUUCACGGUCUACGCGCUCAUGCCCGACGAGUCCACGGCGAAGCAGUUCAAGAAGGGGUCGACGUCCACCAAGGCCGAGGAGGAGCGGCUCCGCGCGGAGGGCAAGUACUACGGCGCGGGCGAAGGGCCGCCGCUCGACGAGCUCUUCGAGAUCGGCGUCUACUCGCUGUACCACAUGGUCGCCAUCUCCGACUCCGGGAAGAAGCUCUGCUGGUCCAUCAAGGGCCGCGACGGCUACUUCGAGACCGCGCGCAUGUGCGUCGAGACCGCGCUCACCAUGGCCUGCUCCGCGCCGGAGCUCCGGUCCGGGCCCUGCUCCGUGCGCGGCGGCAUGCUCGGCGCGGGCCUCGCGGGCAAGGACAUCCUCUUCGACCGCCUCCGCAAGAGCGGCAUGGGCUUCAUCGACUGGUCCCCGGGCACGGCCAACGACGGCAACCUCCCGGAGGACCGCGCGGACCACAAGGUCUGGGACAUGCGCCCGCCGCCGCCCAAGGCCGAGCCCGAGAACGAGUUCGACCGCUGGCAGACGGCGUCGAGCGCCUACGGGGGCUGGUACCAGCCGCCCCCGCCCAGCGCCUUCGGGCGGCCCGUGCCGCCGACGACGGCGAACCUCAUCAAGGCGGCGGAGCGCGCGUCCCGCAAGCGCCGCGAGAGCGAGGCGGCGAAGAACGGCCGCCGCGUGCUCGGCGCGACGGGCGCGGCGGGCAACGCGGGCGCGCCCGGCGGCACGAACGACGCCAUGUACCUGACGACGGGCCUGUCCCAGAGCAUGCUCGAGGGCCGGUUGCGCAAGGGCGGCUUCGGCCCUUUACGGCCCGCGGCGGAGGUCGAGCGCCGCGGCGGCGUCGACCUCGCGCCGGACGGCGCGUCCCGCUACGUGCCGCCGGAGCCGCCCGCCGCGUCGCCGACGCUACGGAUCACGGCGGACCCGGCCUUCGAGGCGGAGACGACGGCCGCCGCCGUCGAGGCCGAGGGCCGCGAGGCCGCGAAGCGCGUGCCGCCCAAGACCUCCGACUCGCAAAAGUCCGUGCGCUUCGACGGCGGCCCCACGGAGGAGGUGAAGCACUUCAUGAAGAACCCGGCCAUGCGCAAGAUCCACGACCGCGCCUUCGGCCACGAGUGGCAGGGCGACCUCGCGUCGCCGCUGGACGAGGCGAAGCGGGACGGCGGCGACCACUCCGUGAAGCACUUCAUGUCCGACAAGGAGAAGCGGAAGCUCCACGACCGCGCGUUCGGCAAGGAGUGGGACGGCGACGUCGUCAACCCCCUGGACGCCGCCCGCGAGGCGGGCGGCGACCACUCCGUGAGCCACUUCAUGCACGACGACGCGAAGCGCAAGCUCCACGACCGCGCCUUUGGGAAGGCGUGGCAGGACCCGGACGCGAAGCCCGAGUGGAUCGCGGCCGACGGCGCGGACCACUCCGUGAAGCACUUCAUGGACGACAAGGAGAAGCGGCGCAUCCACGACCGGGCCUUCGGGCACGAGUUCCUGGGCGACCCGGGCGCCGCGUCGCCGCUGGACCACGUCGACGGCGACGCCGCGGACCACUCCGUGAAGCACUUCAUGUCCGACAAGGAGAAGCGGCGCCUCCACGACCGCGCCUUCGGCAAGGAGUGGGACCCGGGCGCCGCCGAGGCCGAGGAGGCCUACGCCGAGCCCGCCAAGCCCGCGGCGCCCGCGCACCCCUGGAACCGGGCCGCCGCGGCCGACGACGCCGUCGCCUUCGCGCUGCCGCCGCCCGAGCCCGCGGUGCCCGCGGCCGCGGCGCCGCCGCCCAUGUUCAAGGACCGCCCCCUCCACGGGUCCGACCCGGAGCCGGAGGUCGCCGCGGACCCGCGGCGGUCGCCGGGGCCCGCGAAGGAGCCCGUGUUCCCCGUCGCGAAGCCGCCGGCCGCCGCCGCGGCCGCGCCGGCCGAGCCCCGGGCGCCGCCGGAGCCCAAGCCGCGGGCGCCCCUCAAGCCCGCGGCGACCCCCGUCUUCCAGCGGCCGGGCCGCGCGGUCAUCGAGGCGCCGGACCCGGAGAAGAUGCGCCGGGAGCUCCACGACGCCGCGUUUCCUCCCAAGCCCGAGCCCGCGGCGCUGGACUGCGACGAGGGCGUCACGAAGGAGGUGGAGCACUUCAUGCACGACUCGGCGCGGCGCAAGAUGCACGACCGGGCCUUUGGCCACGAGUGGCAGGGCGACCUCGUCAACCCCCUCGACGCGGCGCGCGCCGACGCCGGCGACCACUCCGUGGGCCACUUCAUGCAGAACGAGGCGAAGCGCAAGCUCCACGACCGCGCCUUCGGCAAGUCCUGGCAGGACCCGGACGAGGACAAGCCCCAGGCCCACGGCGACACGUCCAUCGAGCACUACAUGACCGACGAGUCGAAGCGCAAGCUCCACGACCGCGCGUUCGGCAAGGCCUGGCAGGGCGACGACGCGGCGUCGCCGUUGGCCCACGUCGACGGCGCCGAAACGUCCAUCGAGCACUUCAUGCAAGACAAGGAGAAGCGACGGCUCCACGACCGCGCCUUCGGCCACGAGUUCCAGGGCUGA